GGGCCAAACCCCAUUCUUUUCUCUCUAGUCGCCACCUCCAAGUCUCUCUUUACAUAUAGAGAGUUUUCUCUCCCUUUUCUCUCUCAAAAAAACAACAAAUCCAUUUCCAUGGCAGUGGAAGCAAGACACCUCAAUCUUUUCACUCAACAACAACAACCGAACCAAAUCAUUUCCAAUCAAGGAAAUGGCUUUUCCCACAAUACCCAGAUGAUGGGUUCUUCUCUUUUGCCUUUGCCGACGCCAGAGAAUAGUUUUAUGCCGUUUAAUCACAGUUUGAUUUGUGAUUCCGUUCAGCCUAAAACGUCGGUAAAUACUGACAGUGGUCUUACUUUCAAUCUUCCGACUACUGUUAAUGCUACCGUCUCUGCCGCGGCGACGAGGAAGCGCUCGAGGGAUUCGUUUAAUCAGUUUAAUACUUGUAACACUACGUCAUUUGUUGGAGAUGACGUUUUGCCACUGCUUCAACAGUACCAGUGUGAUAUCGAUCGUAUAAUUUCGCUUCAUACUAAGAAAGUAAGGAUGGAAUUGGAAGAAAGGCAGAAACAGCAAGCGAGGGUACUGGUGGCAGCGAUCGGAGAAGGUGUAUCGAAAAAACUGAAAGCAAAAGAUGAACAGAUUCAACGAAUGGGGAAAAUCAAUAUGGUUCUUCAAGAGAAAGUGAAAAGUCUGUUCGUUGAGAAUCAGUUAUGGAGGGAUUUGGCACAAACUAACGAAGCAACAGCUAAUUCCCUUCGCAACAAUUUAGAACAAGUAUUAGCCCACGUCGGCGACGAGCGUAUCUCAGCCGGCGGCAACCUCGCCGGAGUAGCAGUUGAGGAAGACGUCGAAUCCUGCUGCGGCAGCAGCGACCACGGGGCAGCUGAGGAAGAAGAGGAGGAAAUUGAUGGCCGGCGCACAUUAGGUGGGGAAGCGCAGGAUAACAGGAUGUGCAAAAGGUGUGGGGAGAGGGAAUCAUGUGUGUUGCUUUUGCCAUGCAGACACCUGUGCCUAUGUGCCGUUUGUGGAUCAAGUUUAGUCCAUACAUGCCCUGUAUGUAACUCUUAUAUGAAUGCCACUGUGCAUGUUAACAUGUCUUCUUAAUCAAUCAAUCAAAAUGUGAGGAAACAAUUUCUAGGAAGAGGAAAAGAAAAUCAUAGAAUUUUGUUGAUGUAGAGAGAAAUGUUAGAAACUUUAGUUUGUAAAUUUCUUUAGUAAUUGUAAAAUGCAAUUUGUUCA